AUGUCCGACGCGCCCGUCGACGCAUCGAGCGCUCGAGCGCGCGCGACGGUUGGGAACGAGGCGUCGACGUCGGACGACCGAAUUCUGAAUCUCGGAGAAUCUCGAGACUUUGUGAGCGAAUUGCGCGAUUUUAAGACGGUCCCGUCGCCGGUGAAGACGCGGAUCAGCGCGCACGUGCGAUCGGAUAGCACAUGUAGCACGGAUGGGCUUAUCGCGCCCGAGAACGAUGAUCUCGAGCGCGGUGAACGAACGCUUUCGGACGGAAGUCCCGCCAGAGGCGACGCGAGGGGGACGAACGGCGCGCGGGAGCGAUUCGUCGAUUCCUUGAGACGAAGCAACGUGCGGACGAUGUUAGCGAUGGCGCUCAUCAUCCUACUCGUCGUCUUAUCGGCGAUUUCGUUGAAGACACUGCGCAAGGGAUGA